ACAAAAAUAUUGAAUUUUUGAGAAUUAAGACCUCAAAAUUAAUUUUCACUUGAAUAUAACUUAUUGUGAACGUUUAAGCUGACAGUGAACACUAUAAGUUCUUUGUUUCUGUUUACUUUGGCAAUAUAACACAAACAUGUUGCCGUUAUCUUUGUUGAGAACUGCACAGAAUCAUCCUAUGUUGGUUGAGUUGAAAAAUGGGGAAACCUACAAUGGUCACUUAGUGAGCUGUGAUAACUGGAUGAAUAUCAAUUUGCGUGAAGUGAUUUGCACCUCUAGGGAUGGUGAUAAAUUCUGGAGAAUGCCCGAAUGCUAUAUUAGAGGAAGCACGAUUAAAUACUUGCGAAUCCCAGAUGAAGUCAUAGAUAUGGUUAAAGAAGAGACUAUGGUAAAAGGCCAAAGACGAGGAGAUAUGAAAGGAGGGCGAGGUGGAAAUCAAAGAGGCCGUGGUGGAGGAAGGGGCUCUUUUGGAGGUGGCCGUGGAGGUAAACCAGCACCUCUCGGUAGAGGAGUGAAUCAAGGCGGAGGAAAUGUACAGAGAAAUUUACAAAGCAAACAAAAACUAAAGUGACUUAAUAUUUAUUUUAGAUAUUCAUGUAUUUUUAUCAUGUGUAUGAACAAGUGAUUUUAUUUAUCUUUCAUGCUAUUAAGAAUUCCAUGUAAUAUAGCAGUUUGUAAUUCGUUGUAAAUUAUAU